GUCACUGGGCCGCGCCGCUGAGUAUCUGAAGGGCCUGCGAUCUGCCUUCCGGAAGGGAACCCCGGCCGCUAACUAUGGCGACCGUCGCGGAGCAGUGGGUACUGGUGGAGAUGGUCCAGGCGCUCUACGAGGCUCCUGCUUAUCAUCUUAUUUUAGAAGGAAUUUUAAUACUCUGGAUAAUCAGACUUCUUUUCUCUAAAACUUACAAAUUGCAAGAACGAUCUGAUCUUACACUCAAGGAAAAGGAAGAACUGAUUGAAGAGUGGCAACCAGAGCCUCUUGUUCCUCCUGUCUCAAAAGACCAUCCUGCUCUCAACUACAACAUUGUUUCAGGCCCUCCAAGCCAUAACAUUGUGGUGAAUGGAAAAGAAUGUAUAAACUUUGCUUCAUUCAAUUUUCUUGGAUUGUUGGAUAACCCUAGGCUCAAGGCAGCAGCGUUGGCAUCUCUAAAGAAGUAUGGUGUGGGAACUUGUGGACCUAGAGGAUUUUAUGGCACAUUUGAUGUGCACUUGGAUUUAGAAGACCGCCUAGCAAAAUUUAUGAAGACAGAAGAAGCCAUAAUAUACUCAUAUGGAUUUGCCACUAUAGCCAGUGCUAUUCCUGCUUACUCUAAGAGAGGGGACAUUGUGUUUGUAGAUAAAGCUGCCUGCUUUGCUAUUCAGAAGGGAUUACAGGCAUCACGUAGUGACAUUAAGCUGUUUAACCAUAAUGAUAUGGACGACCUGGAGCGACUACUAAAAGAACAAGAGAUUGAAGAUCAAAAGAAUCCUCGCAAGGCUCGUGUAACUAGACGUUUCAUUAUAGUUGAAGGAUUGUAUAUGAAUACUGGAACUGUUUGCCCUCUUCCAGAAUUGGUUAAGUUAAAAUAUAAAUAUAAAGCAAGAAUCUUUCUGGAGGAAAGCCUUUCAUUUGGAGUCCUGGGAGAGCAUGGCCGAGGAGUCACGGAACAUUUUGGAAUCAAUAUUGAUGAUAUUGAUCUCAUCAGUGCCAACAUGGAGAAUUCACUUGCUUCUAUUGGGGGUUUCUGCUGUGGCAGGUCUUUCGUAAUUGACCAUCAGCGGCUUUCUGGCCAGGGAUACUGCUUUUCAGCUUCCUUACCACCCCUGUUAGCUGCUGCUGCAAUUGAGGCUCUCAACAUCAUGGAAGAGAAUCCAGGUAUUUUUGCAGUAUUGAAGGAAAAGUGCAAACGAAUUCAUAAAGCUUUACAAGGCAUUCCUGGACUAAAAGUAGUGGGGGAGUCUAUUUCUCCAGCAUUGCACCUCCAACUGGAAGAGACCACUGGGUGUCGAGAGAGAGAUGUUAAACUGCUUCAGGAAAUAGUAACUCAAUGCAUGGACAGAGGCAUCGCAUUAACUCAGGCACGCUACUUGGAGAAAGAAGAAAAGUACCUCCCCCCUCCGAGCAUUAGGGUUGUGGUCACAGUGGAACAAACAGAAGAGGACCUGGAGAAAGCUGCGUCCACGAUCAGCGAGGUGGCCCAGACCGUGCUGCUUUAGUCUGGGGCCUGGUGGCCACUCCACACACCACACUCAGGCCUCAGAAUCAUGGCCGAGCGAGCAGAGGAUGCCUUGCAGUUACCCGAUAAGGUGUCUCUAGACGGUGUGGAUGUCAACGUGUUGACCAUGAGAUGGAUGCUGGUGACUUUUUAAAGGAAAACAUCCGAAAACCCAAAAUCUAUUUUUUUUUAAAAGGAAAAACUAAUGACAGCAUCUAACUGAUACUUAAAUUGUGCUAUUUGUCUAAAUAGACAAAAUUGUCUACACCAGUAAAGCUUAGAGGCACUUCAGCAUAUAUGAUACAAAAUGUACUGAAGUUCUAAUCCAGUCACAUCUUUUUCAGUCUUUGUCAUGUGAAGCUCAGUGGUGGCUAAUAUAUAUAAAGGAAGAGUUUUGUGUAAUUAUUAUAAACUUUUCAUUAUAAUAUAUUUGAAUCCUAGAAUUUUUAUAUACACUAAAUACUGAUGUUGCACCAUUUCUAACAUUGAAUCUUAGCAUCCCUAACCAGAGAACAGUCAUUAUACUUCCUAAGUGAGCAAUAAUUUACAUCAAAUACUAUUUUAUUUUAGUAUAAUUGACCUUUACAUUUAUUCUUUGUUGAUUUCUAAUCUGUUUUCUGAAGAGGGUUACUGUGAUCUUCCCAAAAUAGAAAUCAUGUCCUUGAUAUUUUAGAAUAUCUUGAAUGUAUUCUUUUUUGUAUCGUGGGUUUGCCUAGGGACAUAUAACCAUGGGCUUUUUCUAAGCUAGAGAAAAUGAGACCUUUAUUUCUUUUCAGCUUAAUGAAUUCCAGAUAUCUGAAAAAGAUGUGAAAGCACUGAAAAUAAAAUUUUUAGUCUGUGCUUUAGCUAUCUGUUCUUUUCUUUAGCAGACCAAGUUGGGUGAUAUAAAUGUUUGUGAUAUGUGCCACAAGAUAGUGAAUAGAUAUUACAUUAUUAUUCCAUCUCUUGUUAAAGGGAAAGGAAUAAAAUUAUAUUGAAAAUAUCAUUUUUAUAGUAUAUGUUCAUAUUAACAAAUGGUCCUCAACAUCUUUUUAGAUAACAUAUAUUUUUUAAUGUUUAGUUUCUAUUUUGCUUGAGGUAUUUUGUACAUAUGUGCCUUGUGAUUGCUGCUGCUUUAAAAGAUACAGUACUCUGGGGGAUGAAUCUGUUCUGUUUUGUUUUUUAAUUAAAUAAACCUACAUUCCUGAUAAUCA